UGUAGGGGGAUGGAAGGAAAAAGAGGGAGGAGUUAGUUUCAUGUGCAGGCAUAUGUCCGGCGUCUGAAAAAACUCACAUUUUCCUCAAGCAGCAACGAGAGGUGAGAAGCGGACGGGGAAUACAACCUGCAUCCACGUGAUGUUGCUCACUCUCCUUUACAGUUGCACCGGUGGGGCUGCCCUGCUCUAUGCACUGUACAGAUGGGUGAUCCCUACUGUUGUGCAGUAUCAUGCAGGACUGGCGCUUAUUUGGCAUGAUGGGAUUGUGGAGGGACUGCUGAAUACACUGACCCAGACUACGCGUCCUCAGCGGAUGUUGGCUGCAGUACAGAAGAAUGCCACAAGAGGAGACCCUCGCAGCGUGGUUAAAGCCAUUGAUCAGUUCUGCAGGCAGAAGGAGUGGGCCAUGAAUGUGGGGGAUGAGAAAGGUUGCAUUCUGGACUCUGUGGUGACUGAAGUAAACCCAGAGACGGUGCUUGAGCUGGGAACCUACUGUGGCUACUCGACUGUGCGCAUCGCCAGCCUGCUUCCUCCUCAGGCUAAGCUCAUCACCCUUGAAUUUAAUCCAGGCAAUGCUGCAAUAGCUCGCCAAGUGAUUGCCUGGGCAGGACUGGAAGAUAAGGUUGAACUAGUUGAAGGAGCAUCUGGUGACUUUAUCCCCAAAAUGAAGGAGAUGUUUGGCAUAAAAACAUUUGAUUUGGUUUUCUUGGACCACUGGAAGGAUCGCUACCUUCCUGACACAAAACUGAUGGAGGAGUGUGGUCUCCUGAGGAAAGGCAGCAUCCUGUUGGCCGAUAACGUCAUUUGCCCUGGAACCCCUGACUACCUUGAAUACAUCCGUAACAGCCCUCGGUAUAAAAGCCAGUUCUUCAAAUCCCACCUGGAGUACACCAAAGUGGAAGAUGGCUUGGAGAAAUCUAUUUUCUUAGGGUAGAUUUGGAACUAAACCAACCUCAGAUUUUACACACCUUUUAUUUUGUGAUCAUCAACCAGACAUUUAAUAUAUCAAAUUCUUUUGUUUUUUUUCUAAUGUGAUGAAUACAUUAACUUGAAAAUUAAAGUAACAUGGAAUAAAAACAUUGCGUGUUGUUUGGGACCUGAAGCUGGAAGAUGCAGAGAACUUUGCAGAGAUGUUUAUAUCCCUUGAACAUUUUCACAUUCAUGUCACAUACGUCAUAUUAUAAAUAUGGAAAAUUUGUUGGAUUUUAUUGGCAGUUAAAGUGACAUAUAAAGUUACUUAACAUAAACUGGAGGCAAAUGAUACACAUUGUUCUUACAAGCCUUUUAUGCGUUUGUAAUCAAGUCUACUAUGACUAGAAGUAGUAAAUAUAGUCUAGCUUUAUAAGCUGCACUAUUUGUCAGAGAACAAACAACAUUAUGAAGACAAAGGAACAUGUAGCACUGACCAGAAAAACAGCAAAGAGGCUCCAUCAUAACUGCGGGAGCUGCAGACAUCCAUCACUCAGGUAAAACAAGCUGACAAAACAGAACAAAUCAUACAUAUCUGGCCUGUAUGGAAAAUGGAAA